AUGUGUAUUAGGCCGUCCCUAGUGCGGCGUGGUGGCGCUGCUUCAGCCAUCUUGGCGGGCAGCGUUAUGUUUAUCUCCCACUGGGCGGGUAUUACCUCUCCAUUCGGUGUUCUCGUUCUCGGUGGUGCGUUGUUUCGUUCUCUAUCCCUGAUCCCUACAAUCUACGGGGAUCAGUGCGUCGCGCGGAUGGCGCUUGCAAUGCCGGAGCUUCAGAAAGCACACAGGGACUUCCUCUACAUUUCUCAGCAUCCUAACGCUGUCAUCUGGGAAAAGAAGGUCGCCGCGCAGAAGCUCAAAAAUGACAGGAAUCGCUUCUUCCGCAGCCACCGAACGAAUAAUAUAAAAAUGUUCGUCCCGCACGCCAUGGCCGCGUUGCUAUCGCUCUAUGCGCUCUGCAUACCAUCCCAUAUACUUUUUGAUCGCGUUACUCAAGGUGCGAGCGCGCAUAUCAUAAACCCGCUUAGUCAAGUAGUGCUGAGCACGCGAGCAGCCCCAGUGGUAUCACUUGAGUGGAUGCCCACUGCUUCAGCUGUGGCAGCAUCCAUUCCUACAGACGCUAUGGUGUGCGUUAUCGAUCCCACGCUCACCAUCGCAUCGGUUCUUACCUUAUACAACGUCGUGCAACAUCUUCAUCGUCGACUUGGAUUUAACGAUCGCAUGGAUAGUUGGGCACUAAGAAUUCGACGUAGGGUUUGUCUGGGCUAUGGUACCUUGGCAGCAGGGAGCUUACUGUAUGGUCCCGCCGCUAGCCUCUGGAGCGACGGAGGGAUCACUGCAAUUCUUGCCCCCUUACCCCUAAUACCACCGUAUCUGGCGCCGGUAUGGCUUGGUAUGAGCCUCAUCACAUUCGCCAAAACUUUGCUCAUUAAUAAAACCCCCCCAGGGCGGGCGCUCUGUCGAAUUGCGGAAUACCCACCACAACACGGCAGCUACGGGGCGGUUGAUACUGCGGAAGGGCAUGAAUAUCGCAUAGACUUCACAAGCGUUGAUAUGGAGGAUCAACGGGCACGCUGGAAGGCGCAAAAGCGUAUGCUUGAAUACGAGUUUGAUAUCCGCUUGCAUCGCUACCUCACAAAAACCGGGUUGUUCACGGAGCUGGAUGAGAUGGAGUUUGAAGCGGAGCGACUGAAACAGAUGCGCGCCGUCGCUCGUGAGCGAAACCGUGGGCUGUGGCCGAAUGAAGAAGCAGCGGCCGAAACGAAACCCCACGCAAGCACCGUCUCCGAGCGUACAGAUCACCUUUAG